GAUCUCUGGGCUCCGAGGGAGGAGUGGGAUGGUAGCACCUUAUUCCUGGGGACCAGGAUCAGCACCUAUUAACCAAAGAGGAGAGGAUUGGUUUCAGCGAUCUCUGCCUCUCCUUGGUGUUCCGGGGCGGGAGAGGUUUCUGUGGCUGGAAGGGGAUUGCAUGGUGCCCCCUGGAGUUGUGUUUCCGGGAGCCCUGAGUUGCCUUUUUCCCCCCAACCUCCAUUCCCUUAGGCCGAAGCCCUGCAGCUCACUUAGACACUUCCAACUCCUAGCAGUCCACCCUGAAACCGCCUUCGAAGGCUGGGGCCAAGACACUGCGUUGCUCCCAGUGCGGGGCGCUGACCCUGCCUGAAAAACUGUGUUAAGGCCGUAAAGUGACCCAGCUUGCUGUUUUUGCGGUUGCCAAGCCUGGGCUAGAGCCCUAGGGAGAAAACAGGAUUCUGUUGUUGAGGCGCUAGUGGUUCCAGUUCUUCCAUCAGAGGUGCUUGCCCUGAAAGCAGCAAAACCAAAUUAGAUAAUUUCAGGAACCCUUCAUAGUUACUCUGGCCUUUUCUCAGUUACCUGCUCGUGGUCAAAGAUCCUUGUUGGGUUUUGGUCCAGGGAAAAGUUGAUCUCUGCAGAUGAAUGUAAAUGCCUAACUUUGUGGUAGAUUAAAUGCCACGCUGGGAAAUGCAGCCGAUUCCCUCCUUAGGCUGCCGGGAAAUGUUAACUAAAGAUCAGUAGUAGUAAUUAACACAGUUAACUAUUUGCAGAUUGUUUGCAUCCUCUUUAACGUGAGUUCUAUUUUCAUCUGUAUUUAUUUCUGUUAAUUUUUCAAUUAUAUCAUGGGCCCCCUCCAAUCAUUUGCUAGUAAAUGGGAUUUGAACACACACAAACACAAAUCCUCAAAGGGCGUAAAAUGAGUUGCUGAUUUGAUAUAUCACAUUAGCUAAUACUAAAAGCCUAUGUCAGGUGCUAUAUCUGCUUCCCAUCUGCAGAGAAAAUAAAACGUACGAAAAACUACAAUAAAAAUUAUAGUAAGAAAAAAAUGUGCAUAAAUACAAUAAGAGAAAUUGUAAAGAUAUGUAAAGUAUAAAGUAUCUACUGAUACCCAUAUCAGCAAAGAUUGUAAUCAUUUCUCCAUUUUAAACUUUAUGUAUCUAAGCAUCAUAUUAAAACUUUUCCAUUCUUGUCUUUUUGAACUUUUACAAUUUUGGUGUAUUACUUUUAUAAAGCAUGUCUGUGUCCAAUAUCUCACAUGUUCUAUGCAGUAAUUAUUACUGAUGGAGAAACUCAGAUGAGAAAGAGAAUUUGUGGAAUUAUUUAAUCAUCCUCUCUUUUACCAUUCAACUAAGCUCUGUGUAUUCAAUCUGUAGAGCCUAAUACAGGCAGGUAACGUAGUGGUUAUUUGUACUUGUUCUCUCUACUCAGAAUAUUCUCCUGUCAUCACAUUUCUUGUUCCUCUUUGUCAUCCAGGUCUCAGCCCAAAUGUCAUACCAAAGAGAAUGUCCCUAAAGAACAUAUGUAAAAAGGUCACUCUUUCCACUCCCUCUCCCCCCAACCCUGAGCCUAGUAUCCUGGUGGAUACUCUAUAGGUUUGUUUAAUUUCAUCCCCUUCCCUAUCUACUUUUUAAAUAUUUAUUUGUCCUUCAAAGCUUGGCUCAAGCCUUAGCUUUUCUAAAGGACUACUGCAGAGUACUUAAAAAUAUGUAUACUGUCUAUAUAAUUCAUUUGGCAAUGAUUCUAGUGCUGCCUCAUGAUGUCUCUUCUUUGGACCUGAACAUGUUCUUGCAAAUUAGAACGUAAACUGCUUGAAGGGAAAUUUCACAUGUAUCUUAACUUUUACAAAUAGUAUACUUCAGUAGAUGUUUUUGAAGAACUUUUACAAUAGAUUUUUCUCUUUUCAUGAGCUAAUACUGAUAUUCUGACUACUUUUACUUCCCUCAUUUUUUUCUUAAGGAAAGAUAAAGUGUGCAGUUAAUAACAUGCCUAGCUAUAUACAAUUAAUCCGAUAAAUGUAUUACAGUAUUUUUUAUUGUAUUGGUUAGGGAGAGAAAGGACUAAAGUGGUAGAGGCUUAGCAAAUUUGUGAGUAAUAGUCAUCUUGCCAGAUCCUGAUCUGUGGCUUCUUAGGAUUCUGAGAGCCUUGUAUUCUAUUUCCAGUUCUACCAUCAAUGAUCUGUGACUUUGGGUAAAUCACAUAACCUCUUCUAGGUAUCAAUUUCACUGGAAAAGCAUCAAAUGAGAUCAUCUCUAAGAUUCAGUGAUUUUUUUUUAAAGUCUCUAGGCUAAACCACCAUCAUUGCUCCCUUGAAACACUGAGUAGUUUUCUAUCUUGCAGAAGAAAAGGAAGUAUUCUCUUCCUAUGUCUGUCCUCCAUGCCAUAAGCACUCCUGAACCAACCUGUCUUCAGAGAUUAUCUAGACUUAUCAUUUGGCAUGAAGCAGAUGCUACGUAAAUAAUUCCUCAAUUUAAACCGUCUGUCCCUUAAGUUAUAAGAACAGACAGAAUUGGCUAUGGAUAAUCCAAAUGAUUGCAGUCAACAAAGCUCAUGUAAUGGAAUUCCAUCUGAGAAGAAAAACAACUUCAUUGUGUCAGAAGAUCAUGGACAGAAAAUCUUAAGUAUAUUACAGAAUUUUAGAGAACAAAAUGUGUUUUAUGAUUUCAAAAUAAUCAUGAAAGAUGAAAUAAUCCCAUGUCAUCGUUGUGUGUUAGCAGCAUGCAGUGACUUUUUCAGGGCUAUGUUUGAAGUAAACAUGAAAGAAAGAGAUGGUGGAAGUGUUACCAUUACUAAUUUGUCUUCCAAAGCAGUAAAAGCAUUUCUUGAUUAUGCCUAUACUGGAAAAACAAAGAUAACAGAUGAUAAUGUGGAAAUGUUCUUCCAGUUGUCAUCAUUUCUUCAAGUUUCCUUCCUAUCCAAAGCUUGCAGUGACUUUUUAAUAAAAAGCAUUAAUCUUGUCAAUUGUUUACAGUUAUUAUCUAUAUCAGAUAGCUAUGGCUCUGCCCGUUUGUUUGAUCAUGCUUUAUACUUUGUGCAACAUCACUUUUCUUUAUUAUUUAAAUCCAGUGAUUUCUUAGAGAUGAAUUUUGGAGUACUGCAAAAAUGUCUAGAAUCAGAUGAAUUAGAUGUUCCUGAAGAAGAAACUGUACUAAAAGUUGUCCUUAGUUGGACUAAGCAUAACUUAGAAUCAAGGCAAAAGCAUCUGCCUUAUUUGAUUAAAAAAGUAAGAUUGUAUCAGUUAUCUGAGGAGACACUUCAAGACUGUCUACUCAAUGAAGAGUGUUUACUCAAAAGCACAGACUGUUUUGACAUAAUCAUGGAUGCAAUUAAGUGUGUGCAAGGUUCUGGUGGACUUUUCCCUGAUGCUCGACCAUCCACAACUGAAAAAUAUAUAUUUGUUCACAAAACCGAGGAAAAUGGAGAAAAUCAACAUACGUUUUGCUAUAAUAUUAAAAGUGAUUCAUGGAAAAUACUACCACAAUCACACCUGAUUGAUUUGCCAGGAUCUAGUCUCUCUAGUUAUGGGGAGAAAAUAUUCUUAACAGGUGGUUGUAAAGGGCCGUGUUGCAGAACGGUUCGUCUUCAUAUUGCAGAAUCCUAUCAUGAUGCCACUGAUCAAACCUGGUGCUAUUGUCCAGUCAAAAAUGAUUUCUUCCUGGUAUCAGCUAUGAAAACACCAAGAACCAUGCAUACAUCUGUUAUGGCUCUCAAUAGAUUAUUUGUCUUUGGUGGAAAGACUAGAGGAUCUCAGGACAUUAAAAGCCUCUUAGAUGUUGAAUCUUACAACCCUCUUUCCAAAGAAUGGGUGUCUGUUAGCCCGUUACCCAGGGGCAUAUACUAUCCUGAAGCAAGUGCAUGCCAAAAUGUAAUUUAUGUUCUUGGAUCAGAGGUAGAGAUUACAGAUGCUUUUAACCCAUCACUUGAUUGCUUUUUUAAAUACAAUGCUACAACUGAUCAGUGGUCUGAACUAGUAGCAGAAUUUGGGCAGUUUUUUCAUGCAACAUUAAUUAAAGCUGUCCCAGUAAACUGCACACUGUAUAUAUGUGACCUUUCCACCUAUAAGGUUUAUAGUUUUUGUCCAGAUACUUGCGUUUGGAAGGGUGAAGGGUCUUUUGAAUGUGCAGGAUUUAACGCAGGUGCAGUUGGAAUUGAAGAUAAAAUUUAUAUAUUAGGUGGUGAUUAUGCACCAGAUGAAAUCACAGAUGAAGUGCAGGUCUACCACAGCAGCAGGUCUGAGUGGGAAGAAGUUUCACCAAUGCCAAAAGCCUUAACUGAAUUUUACUGUCAGGCAAUUCAGUUUAAUAAAUACAGGGACCCAUGGUUUUCUAACCAUUUCUAAAAGUAGUGUGCAGUUCUAGAAACUUGCAGUAAAUUUGUUAACCUUAAUUGUUGGUAAAAAGGUCUUUACAGCUUAAUAAAAUAAAAUGUACCUUCUACUAGACAGUUACUGUGAAUGUAUACCAUAUAUGAAUUAGAAGUUCCCAGAAACUUAAAAUACAAAAUAAAUUUUACCAAAGUUGUAUUUAAUUCAAUCUUGGAGAAACUAGAAUACUCAGUAUUUCACAUGUAAAUAAAACUCAGGCUUUGAUGUUUUGAUUUUUAAAGUACUUUACCCAUGAAAUUCUAGUUAAAAACAAAGUUCACAGAUUUGUACAGAUGUGUGAAAUCUCUUUAGGUAGUAAAAAUUAUUUAUUAACACUAUAUUAAGUGAAAAAUAGAGGUGAGAUUCCUACCUUGUUACUACAGGUAUAAGAGUUGUUGAAUUCCUAUUUUUUCUGAUUAUUGAUUAGCUGCUUUUAAGCCAUUUCUUUUACCAUUUUUUUUAGUGAGAAAAUUUUCUGAAAUGCAGUGUGUUUCCUUAGCCUUCUAAAACUACUCUAAACAUGGUUUAACUUUUUACAAUUCAACUCUUCAUUAAGAGCAUAAUGUACCAUGUUGUAAUGCCAUAAUGCCACUGGCAGUUCUUCAAAUGCCUUAAAAUUUGCUGAUUCUAUUAGAUUUCAGUGUCAGUUGGUUUCAGUUUCCAGCAGUAUUAUAUCUCUCUUAUUUUCUGGCUCAAGCUCAGUAAAUUAACAUUCUUAAUUUACUGAAUCAGUUCUAAGUUACACCUGACCUGAGUUUAUCUUAACCCACUGAGUGAAGUUCUUGGAUUCUGGGAUGGUAGUCCUAAAAUAUUUUUUCCGUAUCAUUGCCAGUUUCCAGUGUAAGUGAGAAUGUAGAAAAACUGACCUCUAGAUGAGUGAACCUCUAUUGAUGGCAUUUCUUAAACUUUUACCUGUCCAAAUUUAAGUUGCAAUAAGAAAUUUCAGUGUUUAAAUUAGUACCAUACCAGUUUUUUUAUGAUGCCAGCCGUAAAGCACUGUGUAUGUUUAUUACUACUUCAGUAAGUUACUCAUAGUGAAUUAUUUUCUAAAGUUAAAAAUAUGCCUGGGAUUUUGGUAUUCACAGUAGUGUUCAAAACUUGUAUCUGAUUAGAUGUUUAAUCAUCUUUAACCCAGACAAUGAAAGAGUAUUAAUCAUCCUUAUUCUCAGCUAAGAUGAUUCUGCCUUGUAAGAGGAUAUGUUUCUUUAAUAAGUUUUAAAGAUAUAGACAUUUUAGGUUUUAAGACACCUGGUUUACAUCUCAGGUAACAUGUAGAUUAUAUUUCUCUGGAAUCAAAUGUAGUUACCCACAUGCUAUAGUAAAUGUUAAUCUAUUGUAAAUGUAUGUAUUCUUUAGAAGUGAAAAUAUACCUAAAUGAAAGUCUUUUAUUUUACGUAUAAACUUAUGCAAUCCUAAGUUUCAAAUAUAUUUUUCCAAGUAGAACAGUGUAUUAGACUAAAUUAUGCAAUUCCAAAAUCAGGGACUGUCCCUAACCAGGUGAUAGUUGCAUAAAAAGUAUUCUGUAGAAUUGGUGACUUCCUCCCUACCUACAUUUGUUGGCUCUGCUCUUUUCUCUCUGUGUAUAUGUUAUGUGUAAGAAAGAAAGAAAAUUCAGUGGAGGCUUUCUUUUGUGUGUAUAUCGGGUUUUGAAAACAAGUUAUUUGAGAAAGACCAUAACACAGUGGGCGACCUAUAUGCGAGAUACACUAAACUGUUAAUUUAAGCAUAUAUGAAUAAUUAAAGUAUGUUAAAAUAAAUAUUAUUUUUAAGCAGUGACUCUAGGAAUUGUUAAUCUUUCCAGAAAGGAGACACUAGAGGAAAAAGAGAAUCCCUUCCUGAUCUUGUUUUAUUAUUAUAUCUUGAUUUCUACCAUCUUGUCAUUGGCCCCUGAUUUCUGGUGUUACUAGAAAUAUCCUUGUUAUGAAGGCUUAGGUGGCUCCCUCUGCAUUUGAUUUAAUAUACUUUCUAAAGCACAGGCUUUCUGCCUUAGUUUCUGCAGUUGCUACAGGUUACUUGUUAAUCAUUAUCACUUCCUUUUCCAUUCCUUUACAUCUGUACCUGAGUGCUUCUUCUCAGUUAUAACUUCAAGAAACGUAGUCUCUUUAGUCAUAAAACCCCCAAACUCUUUAUUUAUAUUCUUUUCCCUUGGCGCCAUAGCAGUCUGUGCUGGGCAUGACUCCAUUAAUAAGUGAUCUGGCUUUAAUUUUACAUCAUCUUGUAAUGAUCUUGUAAUGGUAGCACUUUCAUUUGAUCUAUCAAAUGGUUACAGGAAAUUGGCUCUGGGUGUUCAUAAUCCUUAAGGAACCGAACCACAUGUAUACGUGGUCAGUGACUAGUUAUACCUUUCUGAUCAUGCCAGUCACUUUGGCUUUAAGAACCAUAUAUAUUAUUCUGUCCUCAACCCUCUAUUCUGGAUCUCUGAUAUGCACGUCUCAAUGAUCUCUCAAAUCUAUUUUCAGUACUCCCAGAGGGAGCUGUUUUUCCUCUCUGUACAGGUUAAGAAAUAACAUCCCUUUAUCUAUGUCUUCUUCCCUUAGUCUUCCUUUUUUUCCUUUAAAGUCUACCUUCGCUGUCAUCCUUCAGCCAGUGCUGCAGUGUAAGCGACAAAAUAGCUGUGCUCAUUAUCCAGAUUGCUUUUAUUCUCGUGGAAAGAUUCUAUUUAACAUUCUGAAUCCUCUAUCAGUUUUAUUGGUCUGCUACAUUUGGAUAUGAACAGAAAAAAAAUUCUAAUAUUGUAAUGGCUUCUAAAAUUGGAAGUAUGUAUGUGUCACUAUUAAAUGUAAAAAAGAUUGAAUUCAACAUUUAUAUGAGAUCCAAGUUAAGGAACAUUUUUAGAAUGAUCUUCAAACUUGACUUAACAGUGUGCAGCACCCUUUGUUCAUCUAUUGCUUGUGAGACUAAGCAGUAUGAAGAAUAUUUGUAUCAUCAAAAUUAACUACAUUCCCAUAACACUCUCUUCUGGUUUAGGGAGGGAAAGAGGUCUUUAUCACAGCAGUGUUCAUUUUGUUACAUGUUACCCUUAAAAGCUAGGAUGUUAUUUGCAAGCAACCGCAUCCUACAACAUGAUUCCACUCUUCCCAGAUACCAAGAGGAGCAAUUAAAUAUAUAUUUAGUCUACCUAGCUCAAUGCAUGUGGUUUGGAAAUCAGAGUCAAGUAUAGAGGGAAACAUCUGUUUAACUUUUUGAGAUUUGGAGAAAAUAAAUAAAACGAUCUAAUACAUUCUGAAUAUAUGGUGUUACUUUUAAAUCAUCAUUCUUGGUUUAAUUAGAUCCAGUAUUUAGAAACUUGUGUUCAGAAUUGAAUGUGUAAGACCCAAAAUGUCUUCUAAUGGGCAGUGAGAGCAACCUAAAAGCAGAGGCCGAAAUCUAUAAGGAAACAUUUCUAUUCAACACAAGAAACUUUACUCCACUUUAUAAAGCCAUAUUUAGAAAAAGACUAGCUAUCAAAGAUUGUGGCAUGUGGCAGAUGAUUAGCCCAGUAAAUUCCUGUGCAGGAGUAGACAACUAAAGAUUUUUACACUCUGUUAUACACAUUUUGAUCUCAAUAGUUAUCUGACAUUUGAUUAAUUGUUUCCUCCAGUUUAUUUAGCAUUUAGGCAUUCUCAGUAACUUGAUUUUAAUGAUUCUGCAUACUCAAGAUUUCAGUAAGAUUUGAGUCUUAAAAUUACACCCUUCUUGGAGCAUUCUUACUGAAGGAAAUUUGUUCUUUUUUUCUUUUAAUCACUCAGGAAAAAGCGUGUAAAGCCUGCUGACAUUAACAGUGAGCUGCUAGUAGGGAUUUUUCGUUCUAUCUACUAUAGGUGCACAUUUAUUUUUAGUAUUGAUUUAUUGAGUAAUAGAUGCACAUUUAUUGUGAAUAAAAACUGAAAGACUAGGACCUGAUUUUUUUCUCCUGACUUAUUUCACUGCAAAUGUAGCUCUAGAGCUAAAUCUAGUGAUUCUAAUUAAAGAUUAUAUGAUUUGAAAGAAUGCCUUUAUAUUUUAAAAAAUCUAGAUGUUUUUAUACAUAUAUUUAAUGAUACUAUGAUGCUUAAUCAAAUUUAAUAUAUAAAUAGGGAAUUAAUCACAGGAUAAUAUUACACACUUAUAAAUGAUAACUCUUCUAAAUCAUAGACUCACAUUCAAGCCUGAAAAUAACUUUAGAAUCUAACACAACUUCCUACCUGGUAUAGAAAGCCCCUCUAAAUUCUAAAACACCCUUGAUGGUUGAUUUUUUUAAAAAUUCUAAUUCAGUUCCUUCAGGGUAAUGGGCUCACUACCUCCAUUUUUGAACAGUUCUACUAGAAAGUUCUUUCUAACAUUGAAAGCAACUCUGUAUCCCUGUAAUAACUUGCAGUCUUUGGUCCCAAAUUGCUGUUUCCAUAAAUAUUGGAAAUAGCAUGGCUUCCAUUCCUCUAAAAUCAAGGCCUCAUUUUCCUUCUUGUUCAAAUGGUUAAUACUUUAAAACCUGCCACAAGGGCCAGAAUUACAUACCUUCUCCUUGUACAAUUGCCAGAGAUCCUCGCUCUAUCACCUUUUGUGGUGUGUUGAGUAUGACCAGCCUUGCAGAAUAUCCAUUUAAUUCAGGCAUCUCAUUCCCUUAGCCAGUUCUGUAGCUCUUAUAAAUCCAAUAUGGGCUAGAGCCUUGUUGUAUUUCUCUCUGUACCCCCUGUCAACAUAAUCACAAACAUAUUUUCUGAGAGAGGAAUUCUAAAGCCAAAUUUUACUGUCUUUUGAUCAUUUGUCAUUGGAUAUAGUUUUCAGAAUUUUAAAAACACUGCUAAAAGAGACCCUCAAGGAAUUCCUGUUGUGGCUCAGCAAGUUAAGAACCUGACAUUCAUGAGGAUGCAGGGGGUAAGGACCCAGCAUUACUGCCAGCUGUGGUGUAGGCUGCAGAUAUGGCUCAAAUCUCAUGUUGCUGUGGCUGUGGUGUAGCCCAGUAGCUGCAGCUCUGAUUCAGCCCCUAUCCUGGAAACUUCUAUAUGUCACUGAUGCGGCUGUAAAAAGAAAGAAAGGGAAAAGAGAGACCCUCAAAAGAACAAAAAAGCAGUCACAUCCUUGGUGGUUAGUAAGAGGACAAUUUGCUCACAAAUUAAUAAGGACCGGUCUUAUGGUAACAAUCUAAGUUUGGAGAGUCAUCUGUGCUAUUUAUUCAGUUGGAUAGAGCAUGAUACUUCCAUAAAAUAAUGCCAUUAUUAGAUAACUCUAUAGGUCAAGCUUUAUAUAUAUAUAUAGCUGAAUAUAGCUUUAUUCAUCUCAUUAACUUUGACAACAUUCCCAAUAAUAUUUGUCUUAAGAGCUCAACAGAUUAUGCUCUUGAUUUCAGAGGUAAUUGGAAUAACUCGGAGGGCAGUUCUCUAUUACAUUGUGGUGUAAAUUUCUUUUCAUGUCUAUCAUCCUCAUUUAAUUGGAAACUCUUAGGAAUAGGGACAUAUAUUUAUCAUUUCUGGACCUAUCAAUUAGCACAUUGCCUGCAUAUAAAGCGUCUAGUAAAAAUGACAUUCUAUUGCCAAUAUGUGAAGCAAAAUUUAGUUAUAUUGUUACCGAAUGGGUUAGCUGUAACUCUACACUUCACAAUUUAUUUUUAUGUAAAAAAUUAUUUUGAGUUACAUUAGGAUUUUACUUUUAAAAAUGCUACACAUUGUACUUUAGUUAUGUGUUAAUUCUUUUUGUAAUGAUUAAUAUUUUUCUCAUGUUCAAAGUCUGGGUUAGGUAAUUUAUACAACUUUUUGUUAAUAUGUGUUGUAUAUUAGCUUUUAUUAGUAUACGGGAAAGUUAAUAAUGAAUUAGUUUUUAUUUAAGAGUGAAAUUGCAUUAAAUAAUGCAUUGUCCACCUUUGGAGAACAUGUAUAGUUGAUUAUAUAAGUUGUAUAGUAUAUGUAUAGCUGGUUCUUAAAAAAUGAAAUAUACAUACACCACAUAAUUUAUACACCUAAUUUUUUUAGUACUUAAGGAUUAUUUUUUCUCCUUGAAUUUUAAUUAUAACAUUUAAUUCUGUGUUUCCUUGCAAAUGCAAUAAUAGAUAAGACAAUGACUGAAAGUUUCAUUGGUAGUCAUGCAAGCCCCAUUUCUCCUUCUACAAGAGCAUAAUAGCUUUACUGACUUUUUUCCCCAAGGAGAUAGUGCUCAAAGCUACUUAUGUUGCAUAGAUAAGUAAUUUACUUCAUUUCCCUAUUAGUAGAAUAUGGGCUUUUGGCAUAUGCUAUCUAUAUGAAAUAAAAUCAGCAUUUUUGCAGGACCAUGUUAACCAUAUUAACAUGUAGUAAAACAUUUCAAUUAUAUAAAAUAAUUGUUAAUGUAUUAAAAUGUAUCUCAGAAAAGAAUACAUAUUGUUUGUAUUUAUUGUUAUUAGAAAUAAAAAAGGUAGAAAAAGA